CUCUCUCUCUCUCUCUCUCUCUCAAUUUUGGAAUAUUCAGUGCAGGUUUGGUUAUCAUUUUGAGAUUUUGUUGAAGAUCUUCUUCAAUUGGCAGGCCUGCUUGGAACCGGUAUGAAUUGGCUCGCAGCCAUUGUCGCCUUCGGGAUGAGCGCUGUGUUCAUCGCCUAUAUUUGUACGAUGCUAAUUUGUAGGAGGAUCCAUGACGAAGAAUCAAGGGCCGCAGCCAUGGAGGCAUUUGAUGCCGAAUUGAGAUCCGAGCAAGAUGAGUCGAUCAAUGGCCUCGAACCAGCUGUUGUUGCUGGAUUUCCUACGAUGAAGUUUAAUAGCAAUGCCUUCCAUUCGAGAGAAGAUGCCCAGUGUUCGAUAUGUUUAGGAGAGUACCAAGAGAAAGAAAUACUACGAAUUAUGCCCACAUGUGGUCAUACUUUCCACCUCACUUGCAUUGACACAUGGCUCCAUAAACAAUCGACCUGUCCAGUUUGUCGUUUGUCAUUGCAAGAUUCAGUUGAAGCAAAACACAUGAUAUCUCCCAUGUUCAAUACGAUUCGUCAAUUGGUAGACAGUUCUGAGGUCGUGACAGAUCAUUCUUAUCGAUGGUUACUCCCUCCACAUGAGCACUCAUCGAGCAAUCAAAGCAACUUAGAGCACUGUGGGCAUGUGCUUGGAAACUUGGAAUCUUCACGCGUGGGAGAAGAAAUCAGAAGAUAACCAAUAAAGGGUGUUUCACGUACAGAGACAUACGAAAGAAGUGGAUGAGAUGAGAAUCAAUAGACUGAAUUUUAUCAUUUCAGCAGUAAUAGAGAAAAGCAUUUUGUUCAAGGGGUGUGGGAAAAUUCCAUGGAGAACAGCACAUGAUUGAGAAUUCAAAUGUCUAAAAUGCUGAAAUUAAUCUUCAAUCCCUUGCAAUACAGGCCUACUUGUAAAAAAAUUUUGGUGCUUGUUUGGAACUUAGGUAUGGUUUAGACUUCAGAGAAACUAGGGCAUGCAAUGCAUAUGGGCACUCUUCCUAAAUUAGUUGUCAGUUUCUGUACUAUAUUUAAAAUUAAUUGAAUCCAGCAUGCUGUAUUAGUAGUGUUUUUCAACUGGGUUCUAAAAGUUGUCCUUGCUUAUAUAGAGUCAAUUUUGUGAUGCCUGCCAAAAUAGAAUUGAGAUUGCCC